UUUUGGAUUUUGAUUCGUGUGUGUUUCAUUCACGAUGCUUCACGGCGGCUGCGUUCAUUUUUAGGUUUUGAUCGUUAAAAAAUGUUGCUUAUUGAGGAGAGUUGUAUGUCAGACAUCUUCACUAACAGUACCGUGUCAGACGAGUUUUACGUAUUUCCGGUCGACGCCCCUUCAGCUAUGUGUCUGGAGGUCUUGCAGACCGACUCAUCCGACAUUGGCAGUGUUCACUUCCACGACUUCACCAGCCAUGAGCGCCAGCAGAAGCUGAUCAAGCAGCAGCACCCCGACUCCCCGUCCUCGCAGCAGGACUACGGCUCCCGGAGCCCCAGCGGCUCCUCUGACAGCGGGAAGCAAUACAAACCCCAGUACACAACAGAACUUGAAGUAUUAUGCCGAAUUUGUGGAGACAGGGCGUCUGGGUUCCAUUAUGGGGUUCAUUCUUGCGAAGGUUGCAAGGGUUUCUUUAGAAGGACGCUGAAAAAACAGUUAGUCUACAAGCCAUGUCAGGCUGGCUCCAGAUGUAAAAUAGACACCGGCACCAGGAACAAGUGCCAGUACUGCAGGUAUCAGAGAUGCCUCUUUGCUGGCAUGUCUCAAGAUGCUGUUAGGUUUGGUCGCAUGCCUAAAGUUGAACGCGAAAAACUGUUAGCGGACCGCGAAGAACUGACCAGCACCAGUAGCCGUAGAAUAGUCGAGCUCCGGUCACUUACUGACCUCAUCAAAGCUGCCUUCAGGGACACAUUCGGCAACACCAUCUUCUUUAAACAGCAGCACAAACAACAGCAACAGCCACACCACCUCCAGCAGUCCCAGCCCUACCACCCACUCAAACUUCCCGGAACACCAUAUCAUUUCACAUCCUCCGUGCCGCCUUCCCCCUCCCCCUCAACACCUACCUCCACAUCUCCGCACCUCAGUCUUGUUGAAAACAUGAUGCUAGACCCACCAGAAGUCUUGGAUACACUCACUAGCGAGCAGUUCUUCUCCCACGGGAUAUUUCAGCGCUUCCAAGAACUGGCUGUUCCUGUUAUGGAGGCCAGUGUCCGGUUCGCCAAAAAAAUUCCAGGGUUCACUUCUCUUGCCAUGCGAGACCAAAUUAUGCUAAUGAAGAGAAACGGGUUCAUGGUGGUGCAUUUAGCUCUCCACUCCCUGAUCAGUCAGAAUUUCAUACAGUUAGACACGAAGGAAGGUGGUUUGCGCAUCCGGAGAAAUUCCUACUACAUCUGCGACCAGAUGACCCGGUUGUUAGGGCACACCAUGUCAGUCAUGGACAGGGUGCAUGCGUUUGGUCUCACGACUGGAGAGUUGGCCCUUUUUUCUGCUGUUCUUCUCACUCAAGAUUGCCCAAAUUUGUCGGCACCUCAGCAAGUUGAAGAUCUGCAGGCCAACCUUAUUGAAGCCUUACGAUUAGAAUUAAAACACAAUCACCCUAAAGAAAAGGUUAUUCUGGCCAAGGUCCUGAUGACAGUCCCUGACCUUUGCCAAAUAGUGGAGCAGUUCAGCGAGAACCUGAGAGCGCAUGUCUUCGACACCACGCCUGACUUCCACCAAGUCAUGCCGCUGUUGAAAGAAAUAUUUGACCUAGACAAUCCUCUGUCGUCCUUGUCAUCGUACUCCGCCUCGUCAACACCCUCAUCAUCGUCGUCAGCGUCCUACUCCUCAUCGUAACAAGUGGACUCGUUUUACAGAUAUGGUUUAUACAUUAAAAAAAAAACAAACAGCUUGUUAAAUGUCCUAGUGCUUUAAAACAUUUGUUGUCCUCAUGCUUCGCCGCAUAGCUUUCCAUGCCUUUAAUUUGAUUUUUUAAAGACAUCUUUUGCUCUGCCAAUAUUUGUUUUUAAUAGAACUUUCACCACGUUUGGUGAAUA